AUGUACCUAACCUUGGCGCUCACCAUUACCCUGGCCUCCUCAAUACAGUCUGCUAAAAGAGCCAAAUUGUUGUGGUUCACUUUGACAAGUUUGAUCACAUGGUCCUGCCAAAUUGCAAAGCUAACAGGACAAACAAAUGGGCUGACUAUACCGUACAUCAGGAACUUUGAAGGAUCAGAAACACAAAACAGGCUGCAUUCAAGGAAAAGAAAGAAACCAGAAUGUUCGCUUUUCGGGGGCACUGCCAAAUCAGCAACGGGACCCGGCUGCCCCCAAAAUAAAAAUAGUAAUAACGAGUGUCACCACGGGUUCCGUACAGCAGCUGCACAAGAGCGGACUUCUCCUCCAGCCCCUACCGCCCGCGGCCUCCCGGCCAGCCCCACACAGCGGCCGAGGAAGGCAAGUGGACUCAGCGCGCACGGCGCCGUGGGGCGGGGCCGGCUCCGCGGGGCUCCGCCGGCGCGCGCACAGCCCGGCCCCGCCCUCCCCGCCCGGCCCCGCCCUCCAACCCGGCGCCUGCGCGUCCCGCAAGCAGAGCGGGUGUCUCUGCUUCUGGUUGCUAGGGCGUGUCUGCUUGGCCUCGGGCCUCAACUUGCCAGCGGGGGAAGCUGUGAAAAACAGUGCUUAUUAUUAGUUAAAAUGCAAAACCACCCACAACUUCUUCGAAGACCUUUACCUCCAAAACUCCCUAAGCUGCCUUUAUAUAAGAAGAAAGUCCGUACAGCGAAAACUGUUGAAACUCAGCCACCACGUGUAAAGUUCGCUCAAGAUGAAACCAUUUCAACUGAAAGAGAUAAAAUUAGUUUUCGCGAUGUUUCAAGAAAUCAAUCACAAACACUUUUCAAUAUCCAAAAUCUCUUUUCUGGUCGUCAUAUACAAAAAAGAGUGACUACUAUUUCAACACCCGAAAAAACGUCUAAGAAAGGCUAUUGGCACAUUCCAGAGAUUGCCACUGGUUCCAAAUUUUUUCCAAGUUUUCAUUCAGCUUCAAGUCAAGUUUUGGGGAAAGAAACAAGCCAAAUGGAAAGUUCAAGAAAAUCAAAAGAAAAGCCAUCGAAAAUAAAAAAUGUUUAUGUUGAUAACAUGCUAACAGACGUUCUGAUUUUCUCCUCAGCAUUCUCUAAACCUUCAAGUGCCCCUUCCCCAGUUACCACUCCCACACUCACGGAAGUUCACUCUGAGUAUCUACAUUUACCAAACAGUAGGACCUUUACUUUUAACCAACCUCUGAUGGAUUUAACUAGAACAGUACCAAGUCCUCUACCAAGAAGUAUACCUGUUAAAGCAGAAAGACAGUUGUCUGACGGUUCACAACAAAGUACUACAGUGGUACUAAGUAUUAGUCAUUUUCCAGGUACCAUCUCCCUACCACCACCAACUUUACCAAGAAAACCUCGAAGACUGUCUAUGAUAGAAAAUCUUGUAACAGAAUAUGAAAAUGCAGAAAAUGUCCCAAGGCAAAAAAUGCCAAGCCUACCUGAAGGUCUCAUUAAACCUAGAAAAAAAGAAGAAUCAGAGGGAUAUGUUAUAUACGGUGAAGCCUUUAAGACUAUUGCCGCCACACAAUAUGAAACAAUAACAGCCAUGACCAACCUGGCCAUAACAAACUGUCAAAUACAUGGAAGAAAUGCACUUAAUCUUAAGGGCUUUUUUAUCCUGAAUUGUCCAGACUUAACACCCUUGGCUUUCCAACUGGUAUAUCUUAACUUAUCAUUUAAUGAUAUCAGUUGCUUUCCCACAGAAAUACUUUGUCUUCAAAAUUUACAAAUACUGAACCUGAGAAGUAAUCCUAUCAAAGAAAUUCCUUCUGAAAUUCAACAACUUAAGUUCCUUAGAGUUUUCAACGUUGCCUUUAAUUUGAUUACUACUCUUCCUCCUGGGUUAUUUUCCUUGUUCCAUCUUGAGACAUUUGAUAUUUCCUACAAUAAUAUUGCUUUUAUUCCAAAUGAAAUCCAGAAACUCAGAUCACUUGAAAAAUUGCUUGUUGAUGGGAAUGACCUGACUGCUUUUCCACCUGGAAUUUUGAAGCUUAACCUGAAAAGUAUCCUGUUUGAGAAUAAUUAUACUCAUCCUAGUCUUUGGAGAGAAAACUCUUUGAAUAGUCCACAGAGUCUUACUCAACUUACUUCUUUGUUCUUUUUAAAAAAUAAUCUAUGGAAACGUUAUGAUGUGAUCCCAGGGAAAAUUCAAAAGUUACUAAAAUGGACAUCCAGAUGUGAAUGGUGCCACGGUCCCAAGUUUGGUGAAGGUUUUCGCGUCAUCCGAUCCUUCGAUAUCUUUGGAGCAACACACCUACCCGUUAUGUUUCAUGUCUGUUCUUCUUCUUGCUAUAGAAAAGCAAAGGAAAGCAGUUUUGUUGUAGAUAACAUUCCUGGUAAAAGAACAGCUCUAAAUUCCGAGUUGAGUCAGGCGCAGAUUUAUGAGUCCCACUUGAAAAGCCAUUAA